AUGCCGACUCCCAAAGUGUUGCCAACAGCGCCUACUGAGCUUCUGGAAACAGAGGAUCAGCUUCGGCGCGUUAUCCAAACUCUCAUUGAAAUGGGAAUCAUGGUCCACGACUUUCAGGGUACGGGAGAGUCCCGAGAAGGCCUAACUGACAGAGUGUCAUUGAUGACGCGUCAGUUAGAUGAAUUGGCUGUUGAGAGUAACAGAUUGAAAGAGGAGUUCCCCAUAGAUGUAGUACAGUACAUCGAAAACGGCCGUAAUCCAGAUGUCUAUACUCGAGAGUUUGUCGAGCUUGCUGCAAAACAAAACCAGUACAUUAACGGCAAAAUGAAAGCCAUGGCGGAGUUUCGCGAGAUUCUUGGGGAUGCCAUCAAGGAAGCGUAUCCGGAUCUUGAAGACGCUAUAGCCAAUGUGAAACGCAGAACGACACCUCAAAACUUAGACAACAAUCAACCUACGGCCUGA